CCGGACCUACACGGCCGUUUCCGCUGAGCUGUGUUGAUGUGGCUGGACUCCAGAGUCUGCUGCUAAAGCUGAACUGUAAACAAUACUCAUGGAUAACUCCGGGAAAGAAAAAGAGGCCACAGCUCUCAUGGCUGAAGCCGAGAAGAAAAUGAAGUCCUCGCAGUCGUUCUUUGGCUCUCUGUUUGGGGGCUCUUCAAAGAUGGAGGAUGCUUGUGACUUGUAUGGAAGGGCAGCGAACAUGUUCAAGAUGGCCAAGAACUGGAGUGCUGCAGGAAACGCUUUCUCCCAGGCGGCGCUCCUACACCUGCAGAUGCAGAGUAAACACGACGCAGCCACGAGCUUCAUUGAUGCCGGCAACGCCUUUAAAAAAUCAGACCCUCAAGAGGCCAUAAACUGCCUGAACAGGGCCAUUGAGAUCUAUACAGACAUGGGUCGAUUUACUAUCGCGGCGAAACACCACAUCACUAUCGCUGAAAUCUAUGAGACCGAACUGGUGGACAUUGACAAGGCAAUAGCUCACUAUGAACAGGCGGCAGACUAUUAUAAAGGCGAGGAGUCCACAAGUUCAGCCAACAAAUGCCUGCUAAAAGUUGCCACCUACGCAGCUCAGCUGGAGCAGUACCCUAAAGCCAUUGAGAUCUAUGAACAGGUUGCAACACAUGCGAUGGACAGCACUCUGUUGAAAUACAGCGCAAAGGACUAUUUCUUCAAGGCAGCUCUCUGCCACUUCUGUGUGGACAUGCUGAAUGCUAAGCUUGCUGUCCAGAAGUAUGAGGAAAUGUUUCCAGCCUUUUCAGAUUCACGUGAAUGCAAACUGGUGAAGAAACUUUUAGAUGCCUUUGAAGAACAGAAUGUGGAUGCAUAUACUGACGCUGUAAAAGAGUAUGACACCAUAUCACGACUGGAUCAGUGGCUGACCACCAUGCUGCUUCGUAUUAAGAAAUCCAUACAAGAAGACGAAAGUGACCUUCGCUAAGAUCCUCUUCCUCCUUUCUGUCCUUUGCCGCUCGCUCUGCCUCAUGCCUUUAACACCAUGACUUCAGUGUGAUGUUCGACUAACGCCCUGUUUUACCACCAACUCAAUUCUCAGUGCCUUAAUGCUCUCGCUUUACCUCUCUCUCUCUCUCUAUAUAUGACACAGCCGAACUGCCAGACCUCAGAGAACACUAAAGAAAGGAAGUUUAAAUGAGAUUUGAGGGAGUGUUUUAUGAGAGCUCAAACCAGCUACAGUAAUAUUACGGGGUGCUGUGCACACCAAGCUUCAGAAAUGCCUUGAGCACCCGUAUUACUGAGCACAAAAACCUUUCUUAAGUGGUGGCAUAUGCAUUUUUAUUCUUAUCAGAAGUAGCAUACCUUGUAUCUCUGCUUAUUUUUUGCUUGCUGAUUCCUGUGUAGACAAAUCUUAAAAAAUUCUUUGAAAUGUUAUUUCUUGUUUUUUAUUUUGAUGUAUGUAGAAGGAAAAGAGUAAAAAGAACUGAUUCAACAUAUAUAGUGUGGUUUUACUUCCCCCAAGGGGGAAACAAGUAUUGGCUUGUUUCCUCCUUUCUGUGAAAAGCAGUUUUUAUGACACAUCAAAAAUUGUUUAGAUUAAAAUGCUCAACCAAU